UUUUUUUGAAAAAAAAACCCCCCCUAAAAUCUAAUCGAGGAAGAACCUGACCAGUAUGGACGCAAACAUGAACAACCUCCUCAAAUGGAGUAUCCAAAACUCCACUACUCAACAAUCCGACAACCCCAAUGCCUCCAACAAUGCUGCUGAUUCCACUGCCCGCGGUCUCACCCCGGAGAUGCUCUCAGCUCUCUUCGGCGGUCCCUCCGACGCCGACCUAAUGAAAGCCGCUAUGGAAGCACUGCACUCCGAUGAAGUUGACCUCGAGAACAAACUGAUCGCAUUCGACAACUUCGAACAGCUCAUCGAGUCUAUAGAUAACGCAAACAACCUCGAGCCCCUCGGCCUGUGGACGCCGCUGGUUGAACUCCUUCAGCACGAGGAAGCAGAGAUGAGACGCAUGGCUGCGUGGUGUAUCGGAACCGCCGUGCAGAAUAACGAGAAGGCCCAGGAUAAGCUUGUCGUCUUCAACGCUGUCCCUAAGCUGGUCACUAUGUCGACUACGGAUUCGAACCCCGCUACGCGGAAGAAGGCUGUGUUCGCUCUCUCGUCGGCUGUACGCAACUACCAGCCUGCUAUGGAUGAGUUGGUAAAGCACCUGCCUGAGGGAUAUCCCCAGGGGGAGAAGGUCGAUGCUGGAGACAUGGAGGCUGUGGAUGCCAUCAUGGAUAGAUUGCGGGCGCACCCCGUUCCUUCGUCUGCUUAGGGCUCAUUCGUGCAUACGGUUGUUUGAAUGUCCAAUGCCUUGCUCUGGCGCGUUUUUACUACUGACGCGGCGAGGUUACUCGCACGUGCGGUUGUAUGGGCUCACUCCAAGACAGUUGCUUUAUCCACUGCGAUUGCUGUCACUCAUUUGGUGACUUCCUGUCGAGGAUGCUGACCUGAAAUCACGACGACGAAUGCCGGGUUGCCGUGAUAGGCUCCCAUCGAUCUAUUUCUGGGAAUAAUAUCCCGUCUCUUCACUUCAAGGCUACGUUUGUACGGGCUGGGAUCGUGUUUCAUGUAUUCGUAGCCAGACUUGGCUUAGGUUACGCAUGGGUGCGGGAAGACUGUGUGCUUCAAUGGAACCGCAUAUUACAAGGGCAUAUAUAAAUAAUAAAACUCUUUACGGCUAGCUGAAGUAA